AUGGGGAGUAAGAACCAGGAUGAUAUAAAUUAUACUCCUCCUGGUCAAAAACGUGGAGAGUAUUAUCGAGGAGUUGUUAACGAUACUACUUAUGAUAGUAGCGAUGUUUCUCCAGUUACUUCAAGACCUGAACCGAAAUCGCAUGGUGUUCCUUUGACACCAAUGGCAGCAGGAGCUACAAUGCUAAAUCUUGUCCUUGCUUCUGGCCCAUUCUCGUAUCCUUAUGGAUUUGUAAAUACUUCCCCAUUUUUAGGAAUUGUGCUGAUGGGAGUUAUUUCUGUCUUUUCAUACAUGACAGCUACAUUCAUGGUCGAAGCUUUAUCAAUAUCUUGCGCUAUGAGAUUUAACCCUGAUGAAGAUGAAAGAACUAUUUAUCCGUCACUACCUGGUGAAGAUCCUAGUAUUAAAAGGAAAAGAGAUGAAGCUGACAGUGACGUAAAAGAAAGUCCUUACUACAUCAGAGAGAAGGUAGAGAUAUCAAAAAUGUGUGAUGACCACCUUCAUGUUGCCGCAAAAUAUGUUUUGUUCUUCAUCAUUGCUUGCUAUAUGUACGGAGCAAUGAUUUUUAAAUAUGUAGCAGGAGCAAAAAGUCUUUCGGAAGGUAUAUCAUUCACAUUCACAGGAGAAAAGGAUAAAUAUGAUGAACAGUUCAAAUUCUACUAUAUUUGCAUUGCUGUAUUUGCAGUAGUUUCUUUGAUGUUUUCACUAGGAAAUAUUGAAAACUCAAGAGUAUUGCAAGUUGUGUCAAUGUAUCUCAGAUUCUUGACUACAUUUUUGAUGAUCGUCGGAUCCCUCAUUUCAAUAUUUAGACACGGAAUCACUUUCAAGAUGUCCGAUAAUGUCCCUGACAUCAGUCAUGUGCCAAACUUGGUCUCAAACACUGUCUUCAUCUUUGUAGUACACCACUCGGUUGCUGGAAUCGUCAAGCCUGUCAGACCUCAGAAAGCAGUGUACCCUCUGAUCUUUUACAGCUUCACAGUUGGCGGAGCUAUUCUUGUUGUUGAAGCAAUGCUUGCUGCCUUGGCUUUCUCUCACAUUGACAACAAAGACUGAAACAAAUUCCCAUGAGAAAUCCAAGGACUUUACAAUGAGAACUUCGAAGCCAUCCCAGUCAUCGGACAAAUCACAAACUUCUAUCCGACGCUGAAUGUGGCUGCCAUUCCGAUCCUGACAAUUACUUUGAGAAACAACUUGUUUGUGCUUCUCAACAUCCCUCAGGCGUCUGAAACCAGGCUGACCAAGGCUUUGUGGAGCUUCGGACUGAGUGUCCCUGUGGUAAUUGUUGCAUGUGUGUUCCAGGACCCUCAGCUCAUCAUGACAUACACGGGAGGACUAGGCGGAACAUGCAUCCUGUUUAUUAUCCCAUGAGUCAUGAUAAUAUUUGCGAGGAAGAACAAUCUUCAGCAUCUGUACCAGACAGAUAACUUUAACAAAUCAGCAUUCCAGAAUUUCAUUUGGCCAAUAUUGGGGCUGCUCAUGGCAACUAUCUCACUAGGAACGACCUUCUAUGGAAUCAUCAAAGGAGAGUCUGGUGAAUAA